AUUACAAGAUGAAGAGGUGAGCGGGAGCACUCUCGAGAAAGGAGGAUGGGAGUGUGCAUCGUGUGUGUCGCAGCUUCCAGGUUUCCCGCCUUGCACAACAAUAACAAAACGCAAUCGUUCAUUCAGUUUCAUUCACUUUUCACACUCAACACCACUUCAAAUUCACCCAUCAAGAACAGGCUUACAGAAUAUCUCAGACAGUAUUGGACGACAUGGCGCGCCUUGCUAAGUUGCUCCUACUACUCACGCUGGCGUUUCUUCACGGACUCGCGCAAGACACCACCAUACCUUACAUUGUCCGUCCUGGCGACACUGCCUAUGCUCUUGCGAUUGAGUGCGGUGUCAACUUGAACGACGUGAUCGCUGCCAACCCAACAAUUACUUCCUGGACCAGCCUGCAACCGGAUCAGACCAUCCAAUUGCCCUCAACCGCCAACUGCCCCUGGUUAGUGUCCUCUGGAGCCGCGUCCCAGGUAGUACCGUCAAGCAUUACCUCAACAUGCGCGACCACAACAUUUACUACCGUGGUCACGUCGCAGGCCAGCAGUGCGAGUGGUGUGACUGGAGGACAAACUUAUACCGUGGUUGCGGGUGAUACUGCGUACAACAUUGCAGCUCGAUUUGGCAUAUCUUUGGCCGCUUUGGAGGUCGCCAACUCUGGAAUUGUGACCGACUGGAAUCUUCUACAAAUUGGCAUCACUCUACAGAUCCCUCCAGUGAUCCCAUCGACUGCGUCCGCGUACUCUGCAACGAUUUCGACAGGUUAUAUGGGAACAGCACUGACAAGCCCAUCACCAUCGGCUGCUUCCACCACCCUCGCAACAAGUCCAUCAGGAUAUGUGGCAUCAACAUUGUCAAGUGCAACAUCUGCUUCAGUUGCAAUCCCCAGCAGCAGCAUCCCGACUGGCUAUAUGGGAACACCACCAUCAAGUCCAACACCAUUGACGCCUAGCGUAUCUGAACUCUCGCAGGUCACAGGGGCCUUGGCUGUCCGCAACCUGGAUCUCGGGGAAGGAAUAGAAUCUCCACGAGACGUAUACAACUUCUACUCAGGAGACGGAUCUGUUGAACAGGGAUGGCCUCCAAUCUCCAGCUGGCUGUCUUUCAAUGCCAUGUUCCGGAAUGUCGAACUUUACAUCGGCCAAGGAUGCGUCGAUGGUGUUCCAGCCAAUUCGCCAAGCGAAACCGAUAAUAUCCGCGAUUCCAUUAUAGCCGUGGCCAACCAGUCAUAUAUGGACCCGCGUUUCAUUCUUGCAGUUGUCAUGCAAGAAUCGAAUGGCUGCGUUCGAGUCGUCUCGACUACAGGUGGAAAUGACAAUCCCGGCCUGAUGCAAAGUUUCGAAGGCACCGGGUCUUGUGAUAGCAAUGGCAUGCCAGUCUUUCCCUGUCCACCAUCGGUCAUUCGUCAGAUGAUCGUUGAUGGUACAGCAGCACCGGUCCAAGGCCCAACACUGGUCAGUGCGUUGAACAAGGCAGCCAGUCUGGACAACUGUGAACCUGCACAAGCCUUCUAUCGCGCUGCAAGACUCUACAAUUCUGGUCUCAACUCCUUGCCAGCAGAUGGAGACUUGGGAGGUGAUCCAGGAGCGACUUUAUGCUACUCGAGUGAUAUUGCAAAUCGAUUGCUAGGAUGGGUGAACGGCGCAAAGCAGUGCUACUUGGACGGCCAGUAAGAGUGGGUUAUAGGACGAAAGGAUGAAUGAUGAGAACACGAGGAAUUAUGAUGAUGAAUCGCGAAAAUCUGGUUUGACUACAAGACU